AUGGGCGUCUUCGACAUGGUCCGCACCCGCAGCGGCCACGGCGGCGUCGCAGGCGGUCUGGCGCGCAUAGUGCUGCGCUUCCUGCAGUUCAUCCUGGCCAUCACCGUCGCCGGGCUCUACGGCGUCGACCUCGCCAACGCACACAAGGCCGGCGCAUACACCGACGGCAAGUGGGUGUUUGCCGAAGUCGUGGCCGGCAUGUCUGCUGUGACCUGCCUGAUCUAUGGCGCAUGCUUCUUCAUCCCUGGCGAGAAGUUCUUCGCGUGGGAUUGGGUUCUCUUCAUCCUCUGGACCGCUCUCUUCGGCCUCUUCGGUAACAUCUACAUCGGCGCCAAGCCCACCCCGGAGCAGCACGGCCAGCAGCGAAUGAAGAACGCGGUCUGGGUAGACCUCGUCAACAUGCUGCUGUGGCUCGCCUCGGCCAUCUACUCGACCAUCAUCUUCUGGAGGAGCAGGAACAACCGGACAUUGCACACGGGUCGGGGUAAGGUCUGA